AACGUUGUGCAAGCGAGAAACUACUUGUUUGGUGUUCUAAAUAGACUACUGCACUAUUGUGCUUGCCACAAAGCAUAUUAAAACACAAGCGUUAAGAUGAAUAACGAUAAUACGAAACCCACCGACAGCACCUUCUGUAAAAUAAUGAAACCGAUCUACUACAUGUCUAAGGUGGCCGGUCUGUGGCCCCAGUCAUUUCUACGUACAUCUCCCGGUGUAACGGUGCUAGAUAUUGCCUACCUGUUGGUACUGUACGUCAUGUUUUGCUUUUGCAUACUGGUUAAUGUUAACGCCAAGCUGUGGGACUACUACAUGAAACCAUUCGAGUCGGACAUUUUGCGCUACGGUCUGCAAACGCAUCUGCUGAACGGAUUGAAUCUUGGAGUGCUCAUUAGUACGAUCAAUGUGGUACAGUACAAACGGAAAUGGGAUUACAUGGAGCUGCUGGACAACGUUACGAAGGUGGUCGAACAGGAGUUUCACGUGAGAUAUCCAAUCCGUGUGGUGCAAACGUUCAUUACGUUAAUAAUUUCUGCUGAGAUGCUUUACCUUAUGCUGGUAUUGUCCGGUUACUAUUAUCUCAUCGAUCAGACGUUAAACAUUACUACAACCUACCUGUACGUGUCUUACUACAUGAUGAACAUCUCGUUGCUGGCGCUGUUAAACGAAUACACUUAUUUUACGGUGCAUAUACGCCGACUGUUUAUGAUAGUGAAUCGAUUACUUAAGCAAUUGCUUUUGACCGAUGCUAACAGCAGCGAUACGGUUCUGCUUGAUCAGAAUCGAAAGAGUAAAACGCCAACGAUUGCGUAUGAUGAAAUUUUCACUAUUUACGGUAGAGGACCUAGGAAGGAUUUUGAAACUAAUGCUGGAAACAUUAAAACGAAUGGUCCAUCAAAGGUGACACAGUAGGUCCUGCUUCGGCCGGUUUUAACAAACUGUCCACUAGCACUGUAUAUACCACGUAAGAAAAAGAAAGAGGAUGGUUUUUUUGUUUCUCAAUGUCCCUUUAAUUCACGCACUUUUUCUUUAUGCAGGUACGUUACACAGUUCAAGAUCGAUCAACAUUCUAGCAUGGAUACGAUAGUGAAAACCAUCAAUCGUUUAUCUGUACUGCACUAUCAUCUGUGCGACGCAAUCAGGCUGGUCAAUCGCAUAUCCUCGUUACCGCUAAUGCUUCAUUUCGGUGCCAUGUUUGUGUUUCUCGUGUUUGGUCUCUUCACGUUCUACAAAGCAUUCAAUUCUGGAUCAUGGGCAUUUCGAAUUAUGGCGAUGGCAAAUGGGGCUUGGAUUGCUUUUUACAUUGCGGGAAUUUUGGUAGUUAUUACUGCUACCACGGCGGCACAGAACAGUGGACGGUUGACCGGAGACAUUGUUCAUCAGAUCAUUCGGAAACAUCAGAACCAUUUUUCGGUCGAUGUUAUCGAGAAGCUUUCGACUCUAUCUCUUCAAGUGAAAAUGCGCGACAUGUCGUUUUCUUGCGGUUUGUUUCAUUUCGACUGGAAUCUCGUUGGUUCGAUUCUUUCAGCGCUUGCAAUGUACCUGGUGUUCCUUAUCCAGUUCGACGUAACUCCACCGGUUGGACUUUCGUCACCCAAUUUGACCAUCCCAUCGAUUGAAUUGAUUAAUUUUACUGUCUAA